UGGUCGGCACCAGCAGCCUCUCGGCGAAAGGCAGACGACAGCGAACGAGGAGCGGGCGGCCGGGAGCUAGCGCUGCGCAGCUUCGCGUACUGCUCGCCCUCCCCGGCGCCCUCGCCCCUUGCCCAGCCCAGCGCAGACUCGGCUUCACCUCCCUUCAUCCCCUUCGCGGGAGGCGAGGCUGAACAUACCGCCUUUCGGGUGCUCGUGAUGUUUCUCUGGGGUUCGCUCAAUUGCCGGAAAAGAAUGGUAACAUGAAGAGCGGAGCGUGAGAGCGUCACGCGGGAAGGGGAAGAGAUUGAUGGGCAGAGCGCUUACUUCGCGGAAGAUCACGUUCCGAGGGCUGCGCGGGGCGAAACGGCGCGGAGCCUCCACUUCCUGGCUGGACUCCGCUGACAUCUGUAGCCUCCCUUCCAGCAGGUUCCCCGCUCGCGAGCCGCUGCCUGCGGAGGAGAGUUUAGACAGCGCGUGAGCAUCCAGGAGUUUGUGGACCUCCAUCCAAACAGGAGUUGUGCUCCGGUGCCCGUGUCCCUGGAUCCGUGUGGAGCCCGCCAGCACGCUGGCUUCAGAGGGAGUUGAACUUGAGUUCAGGUGGGUUAUCCCAGGGGGAGCACAGGAGGAGACAGACGUUCAGGGAAGACGAGGAAGGUGAUGUUCCAAUGUCAAAAGCGGACGCUUUUCUUCCUGACUCUUGCUGGGGCUGAGCCGCUUCCUCCCACGUCGUUCCCCCUACUGACCCGCUCCUCCCUAAUCCAACCCUCCCCCACUAAGGGGGGAAAACACCACCACUGCUGUGUUCUUACGUAUCUAGAAUGCUAUAGACUUUCAUAACUUAUGAUUAUGUGUCAAAUCCAUUGCUUUAUAUUGCGAGAGGCUUAAUGAUUUCCUCAGUCAAGUCAUUUACUUCUAAGCCAAUAGAUAAUGCCUUCGUCAUAGUUUUCUGGGGGGAAAGUAACUGUGCGUUUGUUCUGCAGAUGCCCAACUCCCUCUGAAUCCUGCAGAUUGGUGCUGAGCACGCAACAAAAGUUUUUAGCUUCUCCUCAGUUUCUGGUGCUUCGCAGGGGAGAGGAAAGGACUUUGGCAUUAAACACAAGAAGCAGUCAGGGAGCCAUCUCCUUUAACUUUUCUUCUCUGUUAUCAUUUGCAAUGAAGAGGAAACAGAAGAGAUUUCUGCAGAUGACUUUGUUAUUCAUGGUGGCUUUAAUUUUCCUGCCCAAUAUUGGUCUCUGGUCUCUGUACAAGGAUAAGCACUUGGUGAAAUCUACAGAACCCGGGGAGCAGCAGACAUUUCCACUGGGCCUGGGAGAUGGGCAAUUCUAUGCAUGGACAGAUGGUUUGAGAAGAAAGGACUGGCAUGACUAUGAAAGCAUUCAGAAAGAGGCUAUGCGCUCAGGGAAAGGUGAGCAUGGGAAACCUUAUCCCCUCACUGAAGAGGACCAUGAUGACUCAGCUUACAGGGAAAACGGUUUCAACAUUUUUGUCAGCAACAAUAUUGCUCUAGAGCGGUCCUUGCCAGAUAUUCGCCAUGCUAAUUGUAAGCACAAGAUGUACCUUGAAAGGCUUCCAAACACCAGCAUCAUUAUCCCAUUUCAUAAUGAAGGUUGGACUUCACUCCUGCGUACCAUCCACAGUAUAAUUAACCGAACCCCAGAGAGUCUGAUAGCAGAAAUCAUUCUGGUAGAUGACUUCAGUGAUAGAGAAAGGCUUAGAGACGAGGUGGAAGAAUACAUGGAACAAUGGAAGAAGGUUAGAAUAUUAAGGGAGAAGAAAAAAGCAGGGAGUCAUGAUCUCAGGGUCCUGGGAUCGAGUCCCGCAUCGGGUUCCCUGCUCAAUUGGCUAUGACCAGAAUGUAAGCCAGAUGUUGGCUGGCUUCCUUGUUUAGUAAACCAAAUUGCACUAAACCACAAAACCAUCGUGUGCCCCAUGAUCGAUGUCAUUGACCACAAUCACUUUGGGUAUGAGGCACAAGCUGGGGAUGCCAUGCGAGGCGCCUUCGACUGGGAAAUGUACUACAAAAGGAUCCCCAUCCCUCCAGAGCUCCAGAGGGCAGAUCCCAGCGACCCUUUCGAGUGA